CACAGGUCUCCCCGGGUGUCGCCUGUCUCGAUGGUCACCCUCAGAAUCAAAUGAAAGAGGAAACAGGAAAGUGAUUUGAGAAGACUGCACGAGUACCAGAGAUUAGUUUGUUGAUACUUGUCUCUCUCACAUUGCCUCUUGCCCUGUGAGAGAUACAGAUGAUGCUCUGAAAAUUCCGGUCGCAAAGAAGAUGGAUGGAAAUUUCAUUUGCUUGUAGGUAGACGGAAAUGUCAGUGGGUCUGGCCAGGCACUAGGGGUUAGUGGGGGGCUGCUUCUUUGAGAUUAAGGGAGAGAUGGUCUCCAUUCAGCAUGGGAUCCUCAUGGUGCCUGUCCCUGACUGUGGGAGGCAAGUUGAGGGGGCAGGUGGGGAGAUCUGGAGCACUGUGGCUUGUUCUAGACUUCACAUGAUAUUCAAAACCGUGGAGUUGGUGCUCUCUGGUAGUGAGUUCCCUGUCACUGAAGAUAUUCAAACAGAGGCUGGAUAUGUAUCUGUCAGAGUUAUCAUGGAGGAGAUUGCUGCUGUGAGUGGGAAUUUGGGUCCUUCUAUGGUAGGUGACCUUUACUUACUAAGAUAAAUGGAAAAUGCUCUCCCAAGCGUUACUUCAUGCGCUGUGUCAGUGUUGAGUGUAGAGUGGAUGCAGACAGAGGCCUGCAUUGUCAGGGUCCCACUUGGUUCCCCCAGCCCCUUGAGGAACUGUUUCAGGCAUGGAUUGAUCUAGCAAGUCACUUGCCAAAUGAAGGAUCAAACUAUAGGAACCAUGUGAAGGUGGGGACCCUUAGGCUGAGUACUCUGGCAGCUUUUAUGUAUGUAUGUACUAGUAUGUAUGUAUGUAUGUAUGCAUGCAUGUAUUCAUGCAUGCAGGAACACAGUCCCCCACUACCACAAAUUAUGCAGUGGAGUUUCCCACAUUAGGGGAAAUCGCAGGAGGCAGCACAUCCAUAGUGCAAUGGAUAAGCCUGGCCCUGGGAAAACUACCUUCGUGGUCAUGGUAGCUCUCCUGCCAGGUAGACACUUGGGUUCUUUCCACCUUUCCAGUAUUGUGAAUAAUGCUGUAUUGACCACGAGUGUACAAGGAUCUGUUGGAGCCCAAACAAGGUGCUGACUGCCGCCCUCACAGCAACACCCUCCCCCAGACAGACAAGCAGUGUCUGCUUUCCCUUGGCUUUAUGGAACUGGCUCUCUGGGGCGGUCACAUGCCCUUAGGAAAAUUGCAUCAAACAGCAUUCGAGGAGGCGACAGAAGGCUUUGGAACCCCUGCGCCACUGGAAAUGGAUCUCUGUCCCUCCACCCUCUGACUUACAUCACAUCGUCAGUUGUGUCUCUUAGCUCCCCCCUUCCCUCUCCCAUCAGCAUUCUGCCUCUUCCAGGGGUCUGGGAAGGUUAAACUCCGAGCCAUUGACCUCAAAGGUCGGACAUAGAGGGUUUUCCUUAACUCUUAGGGCUUUAUUCUCCUGACCUUUGGGGAGGGGCUGAAAUGUAUGUCUGUGGUUCUCAAAUAGGGUUCUUGUUGCUUGGCCCUGAAAACUCCCUCGUUCAGAAAACUGAGACAUGUCAAGGUCAUUGACUUGCUUCAGACUUUGGAUCAAGUGAGUGCAAAUACUGGGAAGACUCAGAUCCCAGACCUAACUCAAGGGCCGUCCCACUUUCCCCCCCUGCUACCCCCGCCUGUGACCCACAUCAUAUGACCUCAGGACUGCUGAGGGAGAGACCAGGCCCUGCCUGCUGGGGCCUGGCAGCUGGCACAGCAGUGGCAGAGCCGGCUCCUCUCGGCCUCGCAGGGUCGGUGCUGCUUCCCCAUCACGCCCGCCCAGUUGCCCUAGUGACUGUGUGACCCUUCUCCCCCGCCCUCGCUGCCACCAGCCCUAUAAAUAGAGGCCAAGAGCAGCUGGGCUCUCUUGGCAGUCACCAUGAGGGCGCUGGUUCUGCUCUGCUGCUUUGUGGCGUCGCUCCUGCUCCCAGGACAAGCAGAACUGCAAGUUUCUGCUUCGGGUGGCACAGAAGAUGUUGGCAAUUUGUUGGAGAAUCAUUUCUCUGCUGGAGAUGCAAGUCUAGAGGAGAAGGAAAGGGCGCUUUAUGCAGAGGCGGCCCCUCAAGAGAAGAACCUGCUCCUUCACUCCCCAGAUGGCAGGGAGGCUGAGAGCUCGGAGAAGACUGCCACAGGGGCCUCCACCACUGCCCCCAGCCCAGGCUCUGACCCUGACGCCAGCCUUUCCAAUGCCUCAGCCUCAGCUCCCCCCGGGGACCCUGUGGAGCUACCAGGAGCAAGCGCCCUCCCUCCAGACGGGGAAGAGGGGACUGGGGAAGAAGGGAGGCCAGAGCUCAGUGCCAGAGAGGUCUCACCAGAGGAGGCGGAAGGACAGGCUGGGAAUGGCGUGGUCACUGAGGAAGCCAAGGAGGUCCUAGGGGACAGCCCUCCGCAGGGAGCAGCUGCGGGCACUGCAGAGCCUGAAGGCACAGGGGCCUUUCCUGUGGCAGUAGAGACAGCAGGCGAGGGCAUCCCAGGGCCUGAUCAGGGGCCAGAAGGGCCAGAUGGAGUCAUGGACGUGGACACAAAAGCCAGGGAGGGGCCUGAGGACCAGGGGGAGCCCGGCCCAGCUGUAGAGACAGGGGGCACCCAGGAGGACCGCCCCCUGGAGGGCCAGGCGCCAGGGAUGUUGCAGGAGGAUCUGGAAGCUGCAUCCUCUGAGGAAGAGGGUGGUGGCCUCAGCAGAGGCGAGGAAGGAGGAGUUCCAUCCCAAGAAGAAUCAGAAGAGGACAGCGGCUCUGGGGCUAGCUCAGAGGAAUCCGGGGGCACCUCCGAGGAAGCGGGGGAGCCCCAGGAAGCAGCAGGAGCCCCAAGCCCUGGGGACGAGGGGGCCCAGCAGAGCUCGGAGGAACCGAAUCCAGGGCCCGAGGGGGACGAGGUCCCGGAGGCCAAGGCAGAGGAGCCCGUGGAGGGGGCUCAGGAAGAGGCCGAGGAUGUGAGCGAAGAAGCCCCACUGAGGGAUCGCUCCCACAUCGAGAAAACGCUGAUGCUGGUCGAGGACAAGCCAGCGGACGAUUACUCUGCGGUGCUGCAGCGGCUUCGAAAGAUCUACCAUUCGUCCAUCAAGCCCCUGGAGCAGUCUUACAAAUACAAUGAGCUUCGGCAGCACGAGAUCACAGAUGGGGAAAUCACUUCCAAACCAAUGGUGCUGUUCCUGGGACCGUGGAGCGUUGGCAAAUCCACCAUGAUAAACUACCUCCUCGGGUUGGAAGACACUCGCUACCAGCUUUAUACAGGUGCUGAGCCUACCACCUCUGAGUUCACGGUCAUCAUGCAUGGGCCCAAGCUAAAAACCAUCGAGGGUAUUGUCAUGGCAGCUGACAGUACCCGGUCCUUCUCACCCCUCGAGAAGUUUGGCCAGAAUUUCCUGGAAAAGCUGAUUGGCAUUGAGGUUCCCCACAAACUUCUAGAGCGGGUCACUUUUGUGGAUACACCAGGCAUCAUUGAGAACCGCAAACAGCAAGAAAGAGGUUACCCCUUCAACGAUGUGUGCCAGUGGUUCAUUGACAGAGCUGACCUCAUCUUUGUCGUCUUUGACCCAACCAAGCUGGAUGUGGGUCUGGAACUGGAGACGCUGUUCCGCCAGCUGAAGGGGCGUGAAUCCCAGAUAAGGAUCAUCCUGAACAAGGCGGACAACCUGGCCACUCAGAUGCUCAUGCGGGUCUACGGGGCUCUCUUCUGGAGCUUGGCCCCGCUCAUCAACGUCACUGAGCCCCCAAGGGUCUACGUCAGCUCCUUUUGGCCACAAGACUACAAGCCCGAUACUCACCGGGACCUGUUUCUCAAGGAAGAGAUCUCCCUCCUGGAAGACCUGAACCAGGUGAUCGAGAACAGAUUGGAGAACAAGAUUGCCUUCAUCCGCCAGCAUGCCAUCCGGGUUCGCAUCCACGCCCUUUUGGUCGACCGAUAUCUGCAGACGUACAAGGACAAAAUGACCUUCUUCAGUGAUGGAGAGCUGGUCUUUAAGGACAUUGUGGAAGAUCCUGAUAAAUUCUAUAUCUUCAAGACCAUCCUGGCAAAGACCAACGUCAGCAAAUUUGACCUUCCCAACCGAGAGGCCUAUAAGGACUUCUUUGGGAUCAACCCCAUUUCUAGUUUCAAGCUCCUGUCCCAGCAGUGCUCCUACAUGGGGGGCUGCUUUCUGGAGAAGAUUGAGCGGGCCAUCACCCAUGAGCUCCCCGGCCUCCUGGGAAGCCUGGGGCUGGGGAAGAAUCCAGGUGCUCUCAACUGUGACAAAACAGGGUGUGGCGAAACCCCAAAGAAUCGCUAUAAGAAACACUAGGUUGUUGUGUGGCCAUUCUCGGGUUCCUGUUGGUGAAUGAGCUUGUGUUCUAACUGUCUGAGAAGUCCUGGUUUAUUAGCCCUUUGAGCCACACUGGCAAAGAAUCAUCACACAUUGGAGAUUUGGGAGUUCAUUGAAGCCAGUGGUGGGGGAAGGUGUGGGUCGAGGGAGGAGAGUGGAAACUGUGAAUUAUAGUUUGCUUGUCUCAUUGCUUCAAUUAGGAGGCCUGAUUGAGGCAAGUCAGGCCAUACCUGCUUUUCCUGGGUCCUAUCUUGGAGGGACAGAGAGCAGCUAAAUUCUAGGGUAUACUGAAUUGAUGAGCAUUAAAUAAGCUAAAAGCAGCUGAAGUUCCUUUCCCCCCUAUAAGCUGGGAAAAGAGAAGACUUGAGUCAGUAGGACUGUCCUGGUCCUUUGUGGCU